CAACAUCUCAGCCUCUUGUGAUAUGUAUUCCAUUCUCACCAGAAAACCCUAGCCCCUACUGUACUCGAUCUGUUUCGUUGCUAGGUUGCCAAUUCCAUCUCCACAACCAUGGCGGAUGUUGAAGCCGAUGUGACGGCAGGACAGCCAAAGAAGAGGACGUUCAAGAAGUUCAGUUACAGAGGGGUUGAUCUCGAUGCUUUGCUUGACAUGUCCACUGACGAGCUCGUAAAGCUCUUUAAUGCUCGUCCUCGCAGAAGGUUCCAGAGAGGUUUGAAGAGGAAGCCAAUGGCGUUGAUCAAGAAGCUACGCAAGGCGAAACGUGAGGCGCCACCAGGGGAGAAGCCAGAGCCUGUCAAGACUCAUCUGAGGAACAUGAUUAUUGUUCCUGAGAUGAUUGGAAGUGUCAUUGGAAUCUACAAUGGAAAGACGUUCAAUCAGAUUGAGGUCAAGCCUGAGAUGAUUGGUCACUAUCUGGCUGAGUUCUCAAUCUCAUACAAGCCUGUCAAGCACGGGAGACCCGGUAUUGGUGCUACUCACUCAUCCAGGUUCAUUCCUCUGAAGUAAUAUGGGAUGUCAGGUUAUUUAGUGCCUUCUUUUAAUAGAAUUUUGAUGAAGGCCACAGAUUAUGAAAGAGUUGAGUUUGAAAUUGCAGUGGUCAGCCGAUAAAUAUCUAUUUUUAGUUGUUUGUUAUGACGUUCGUGUCUUAGACUUUUCUUUUCAAAUGCUCAAUUUAGGAGAGGGCUUGAUGAGUGAUGCUCACAAGCCGUAUAUUCAAGUUCUCUCCUGAUUUCCUAGCACACUCGAGUCUUUUCUUGAGUUCUUAACAGUUGAAUGAAUUAUAGUUUUGUGAGAACCUUUGCACUUUCUUUAUUUGUUUGUGAAUAUCUUGUGUAAUUGUGGUUGA